AUGCCACACACUCCCCUCGAAGUGGAGAAGGCUUUCAGUAUUGUGCCAGUGUCAGGUGUGCUGCAGCCGGGAGAGAGCCAGCAGGUCUCCUUCACCUUCUUUGGCCACCUCAACACCAUCUGCAAUGUCACGGCGCUGUGCCACGUGGAGGGAGGCCCCACCUACGAGGUGGUGGUGACCGGAGAGGCCUCACGUGUCAGCUACUCCCUGAGCUCCCGGGAGAUCGACUGUGGCUCUCAGAUGUUUAAUGAAAUUCAUCACCGCACAGUCACCCUGGCAAACACUGGCAAGCCUGAAUUCAACUGGGUGCUAAAGCCUAGCACUGCCGACCAGCGUCUGCCUGGCGUGUUUCUGGUCAAGCCCACCACUGGCUCCAUUGCACGUGGCAAGAAGCAAGUGCUGAAAUUCUCUUACAUGCCAGGAUUACCAGGAGCCUUCAGCAGGACUUACCAGCUUAAAGUGGGUGACCUGGACCCAGAAAAUAUCUGCCUGAAAGGAGAAGCGUCCUUUCCCAUGAUCAGGGUGAACCUGCCCUGGAACAUCAAAGGAAAUGAAAAAGAUGAGAUCACUAAGAGUCAGACCUCGAAGACUCGGAAUCCGAAGACUCAGGGCCUGAAGCCCCACAUCCCUCGUUCUGGCAUUGUAUCAAACACUCAGCUGCAGAUAGAGAUGAUGAGGAUGCUGAUAGAGAAGCCUUCUCUGGAGCUGCAGGAAAAGCUCCCAUCCCAUGCCCUGAAGAGCAGGUUCCCUGAGAAGGGGCUGUGCCAGCGUCUUGUCAAAGUUAACCUGCUCGAGUAUGUCCUGGACAUGGGCCCUGUCCUUAAGGGUUACACUGAGACACACACUCUGAAGAUCACCAACCCUGGGCAGAUCUAUGUGUCCUUCCAGGUCAUUGUAUCUGUCCUGCAGGACACAGGUUUCAGUGUGGACCUGAACAAGAUGGAGGACCUGCCCCCCAACCACACCGUGGUGUUUGAAGUGCGCUUUGAAAGUGGCCACCAGCCACAGCGUGACGUGGAUGUGCUGCUGCCCAUAAAGGUGACAAAAGGCCCCACGUAUAACAUCCGCCUCCGUGCCACUGUGUCUGAAAUGUCGCUCGACCUCUCCAAGAAGAGACUGCACUUCUCUGACAUCCUCGUUGGGCAGUGCCAGGUCGAGACCAUCCGACUCUACAACUGGUUCCGAGUACCCUGCAAAUGGUCCAUCGAGCGUGUUCCGAAGAACAAUCACCUCAAAUACAUGACAGUACGUCAGAAGCGGCAGGCGCUGGAGGAUGAGCCCUGUCCCUUUGAAGUGACGCCCUCCAAAGGAACCCUUGGUGCAGGAAAGUGGCAGAACUUGCAAAUCCAGUUUACACCCGAGGCGGAGAGCUCUUACAGGAAUGAGCUGGAGCUUAACAUUUGUGGGAGCAGCAGUCACUUAAAGCUGCACCUCUCAGGAGAAGGUCUGGAGCCACGGUUGGAGUUCAGCCCCCCAGCACUAAAGAUGGGAUGGAUGCUGGUGGACAGUGAUGGGCUGGAGGCCACAGUGGUGGUGAAGAACCCAUGCAACUUCCCCAUUGAGUUUUACUCCCUGGAUUUUGAUGAGCAGUACCUUGAGGAGGAGAAGAUCCUGCGGAUGGCAGUGGGGUCCGAGUAUCAAAAGUGGUUUUUUAUGCCUCCACGUGCCGUGGGUGAGACGCUGCCCCCAGAGGUGCUGGAGGACCAUGAAGCACAGAGGAGGCCGAAGGCUCAACAGGCAGAGCUGAAGGCCAUGGCAGAGGCCAAGGCCAGGGCUGAGGCUGAGGCCAAGGCCAAGGGCAAGGCAGCACCAGCACAUCACAGGACUCUCACAUUCUGUCCUGAGUCCAUGCUGAAAGUGACUGGCAGUCCCAUCUCUCGGGCUGUCAUGCGCCACCUGGGCAUUGACCCGUCUUCAGAGAGGCGUGAAGCGCAGCAGCACAGAGGGAUUGUUGUCAUCCUCCAUGGGCCACCCUGGACAGGAAAGACAGAGAUAGCAGCAGGCCUGUGUCAGUAUUAUGACGCUGCUUACGUGUCCAUUGACACCGUGGUGAAAGAGGCCAUGGCCAACGAUGGGAGCCCAGCAGGGCUCUGUGCCCGGGAGCUCUGCACCAAGGCUGCCAUGGAGACAAAAGACAAAGACAAAGGUGAAAAGUCUCUGACCAUGAAUAAAGAAGCCUCUGGGGAAAAAAUCAGCAAGAAGGAUGCCAAAGGCAAGACCCCUUCAGCACAAAAGAAGAAGGAGCCAGGCAGCAAACUCGACAAAAAGGACACCAAGUUCACAGUUUCCACUGCUCCUGCGCCGCAGCAGCUGAACAUCAGCAGCAGUCAUGGGGAAGAGCUGAACUGCUUGAGCUGUGUGCUGCCCGAGGACCUGCUGGUGGACAUCCUCAGUGAGAGGCUGAAGUGUAAAGACUGCUACAAGGGAGUGGUCUUUGAUGGCUUGGAAAGCCUCUUUGCAAGCAGCCUGGAAUCUUCUCUUCUCUGUGUACUCAAAGCUGUCAAAAAUCGUCGUCACAUCUUCAUAUUGAACCUGCAUCAGGAUUAUGCUUCUUGGAAAGCCAGGGUUGAAGCUGAAAGAGAGAAGAAAGAACUGCAGUGGGAAAAAGCUAUUGAGAGGAAGAGAAAACCUUUAUUGCAAAUGACUGAGGAUGAGUAUGACGCCCUCCCUGAGAAGAAGAAAGCAGAAGUGGAUAAAAUAUUCCUGGAAUGGGCGCGCAUAUGGAGGAAGAGGCAACUGAAGCAGCUGGCUCAAAAGCUUGAGGAGGAGGCAAAAGCCUUAGAGGAGGAAGAGAGGCGGAAGGAAGAAGAGAGGCAGAAGGAGGAAGAGAAGCGGAAGAAGGAAAAGAAGGGUGUCUCUGUGGGGAAGCAACCUCCAAAACCAGAGAAGGGGAAAACCAAAAUCCCAGAGAAGAAGGAAAGCAAAAUCCCAGAAAAGAAGGAAAGCAAAAUCCCAGAAAAGAAGACAAGCAAAAUCCCAGAAAAGAAGGAAACCAAACCCCCAGAGAGGGAGGAAACCAAACCCCCAGAGAGGGAGGAAACCAAACCCCCAGAGAGGAAGGAAACCAAAAUCCCAGAGAAGUGGAAAUACAAAGCCCCGAGGAUGAGCAAAAUCAUAAUCCCAGAGAAGGGGGAACCCAAAGCCCCAGAGAAGGGGAAACCAAAGGCCCCAAAGAAGGGGGAAACCAAAAUCCCAGAGGACCUAUCUGAGAUGGAGAAUUUGAUCCUGAGGUUUCAGAUCUAUGAGUCAUCACAGCAGAACGUUGCAGAGCUUUCCUCCUACUGGGACAGGGUUCAGGGUACCAUGCAGUUACCUGUGAUCCCAAAGGAAAACAACUCCCAGUCUUCACCUGUAAAGAAAGGUCAGAAGACCAAUAAGCCUCAGGAGAAGGUGGAGAAGCCUGAACAAAAAAGGAGUCUUCAGUCAUCUCAGCUGGAGAUGCAAAGCGAAGUUGCAGAGGGGGCAGUCAGAGACGAGCAUGUCGGGGUGCCGUGCCUGGACAUCCAGGUCUCAGAUCCGAAGGCCACGAUCAGGGAGAUCCUGAGGGAUGGGACGCUGCCAACGGAAGACGAGGUGCUGCAACAUGUGGGACUGCAUCCCGACGGGCCUCCCCUGCCCCCUGCUGCUGUGCUCUCCAUAGUCGAGUACCCAGAGGAGCGGCUGGCCUCUGCAGAGCGCGUGGAGCCCUUCACCAUUGGGGCACCGGGAGGUGCUGCUGUGGAAGACAGUCUGGCCAAGGCCCCUGAUGUGAAGGGCAGUUCUGCCGAGGGCCGACCAAAGACAGGUAAAGCAGCCAGCAGAGACAGCUUUGCAAAGGAGAAGCAGAUCUCCACACGGAGAACAGAAAGUCCCCGGGAUUCCUCUGCAACAAGAUCCAAAGGUACACUGGAAAGUGCCUCAGUCCCCACAGAAUUCCUCAGGCUGAAACGGUACCGGUGGAUAGUGCCUGCCCACGGUGAGGUGGAACUGAAGGUCCACUUCUCCGCCAAAAAGCCAGGGAAGUUUGAGCAGACACUGAGGUUUGAGCUCGUGCAGACAAAGCGCCAGUACGAGCUGCCCUGCCGUGGCACCGGCCUGUACCCCAGCAUCAGCCAGAACCCACGGGUGGUGUUUCCACAGGGGAGGGAGACCAUGGAGGAAGAUGAAAUCAUCUUUAAGGAAUAUGUUGAGAGCACAAAGCAAUUCCACUUUGGGCCGCUGCUGUGUGGGAAAUCAAGAGACUGGUACAAGGCCCAGAACUGUCCCGGCAACUCGGAGAAUAUAACCAUCCUCAACAACUCCCCCAUGGACGUAGAGGUCCAGUUCUCCUUUGAGAAUGAUGGGAAAGCAGAGACGUUCCUUUUGGACCCUCCCAGCAUGGCACUGAAACCAAAGGAGAAGCAGGAGCUGACCAUUUGGGCAUACCCCACUUCCCCUGGCUUCCUGGAAGACAAACUCAUCUGCAGCAUUGGGAAGAACCCGGACCCAGUGGUCUUCAGCCUGUGCUGCCAUGGGGUGCACGUGAAGCUGGAGGUCAGCCCCCUGGAGCUGUCUUUUGGCAAGCUGCUUCUGCACAGGACUGACAGCAGGACCUUGGUCCUGAGAAACGGCAACCUGCUGCCCAUGGCCUGGCAGCUCAGCGGGCUGGAUGACCUUGCUGAGGACUUCUCCUUGUCCCAAGAUAAAGGCACCAUUGAUCCCCGCUCAGAGUUUGAAGUGACAGUGCAUUUCAAGGCCAGGCAGAUUGGCAGCAUUAAGAAGACCCUCCGACUAGAGGUUUCAGAUACAGAAAAUGUCCUGGGGAUUGUUCAGGCUGAAAACAUCAAAAUCUCUGCAGAGGUCUAUGAGGUUUCUCUGAGCAUUGACAUGCCCAAAGGUUCAGAUGGAAGCUUGGAAUUUGGAACCAUUAAUGUCCUGGAUAAUGUGAAGAAAGUCCUGAGUCUAAAGAACAAAGGGGUUGUCAUGGUUUGA